AUGGUUUGCUCUAUUCACGCAGGCAAAGCUUGGUCUGCCCAACCCUGGCUCUUCGGAUUCGAAGGCUACCUGCUCAUCCACGAGAUUGAAACUCUUGUUCUUGGAGUCAACAUGAACCGCUCAACUUGGACGCCGUACAGUAGUCAGUUGUCGCACCACUGUAUGGUCAACGGAGAGUGUAUUGGGAGCGACCCUAUGGAAGACCCGAAAGUCAAGAUUAUAGUGGAUUCCAGCGUUUACGCUACGUACUAG